CGCCUUGUACAUUGAUUACAUCACCAACUAGAGCAAGUUAGCCCUCGACACUCCUCUACAGUGGUACUAAGAGUACUCUUCGAAAUGGCGUUUCCCAACUCAUCUACACCACUUCUCCCGCGAAAUUCGACUUUUGUAACACCCUCGCUCCUUUGGAAGUCGGGGGCUAUCCUUGCUGCUACAGGAAUGAUUGCUGGGGCAUUUGGUUCUCAUGGAUUGAAGCGCAAGCCAGGAAUCACCCCUGAAGGAUUGAACGCCUGGCAAACAGCGUCUCAUUAUGCGAUAUUCAAUGGCUUGGCCUUAUUUAUGAUCUCGAUGCAUCCUCGAUUUUCGACGCACAAGUUUGCUGGUCCUGCAAUUGCGGGAGGAGGUUUUGUCUUCUCCGGCUCCAUCAUAGCGCUUGUUCUGUGGAAAUUGAAAUUCCUUGGACCUAUCACUCCCUUGGGCGGUAUGGUUAUGAUUGCUGGGUACAUUACCUUGGCGCUCUAAAUCAGCCAUUCGCUAUUACUUAGAAUGUUCCCAACCCUUGACCUUGCUGUGAGCCAUUGUCCCAUACUAUGUCAGUAUAUGACACUUUGAAAACAUGCGCAUUGUAUACUAUUUUUUCUCACCCAUGCUGCAGGGCGUAUCUUUCUUCUGUCGACAAAUGUUUAUACUUCCAGUUGCAGUCGAGCUCAGUAGGUUUGAUUUAGUGCGUCGUUCAAAUCACCUGCCAGGGUUCUGUUUGCUGCAUCGUGUACUUUAGUAGAUCCUGACCUUUGUGGCGGAAACUCUCCAGGAUAGCCGUGUGACCAUACUGAUACACAUUCUCAUCAACAGUAUCGAAAUGGGGCACUGAGGAUUUGUUUCCACGUCUCAUCAGCAUUUAAUUAAUUAAUACCGUUUGCACUACCCUGCUCUGGUUGGCUCUUGGUGUGAAGCGUCAAGAUUUGUUUCCUGUAAUAACACGAAAUUCAGUGUCACGUGAUGGA